AUGGGCAGAGUCAUCCGCAACCAACGUAAGAGCGGUGGUAUCUUCAAGGCUCACCAAAAGCACAGGAUCGCACCCGCUGCCUUUCGACCUCUCGACUUUGCCGAGCGAAAUGGUUACAUCCGUGGUUUGGUAAAGGAGAUCCUUCACGAACCUGGACGUGGAGCCCCUCUUGCCCGAGUCGUUUUCCGGGACCCCUACAGGUACAAGAUGCGCACCGAGACCUUCAUUGCCACUGAGGGCCUCUCCACCGGAUCCUUCAUCUACUGCGGAAAGAAGGCCAGCUUGACAGUCGGCAACGUCUUGCCUCUCGCCGCUCUUCCCGAAGGAACGAUCGUCUGCAACGUUGAGGAGAAGCCAGGAGACCGUGGAAGCUUGGCCCGAACCAGUGGAAACUACGCCACUGUUAUCGGUCACGACCCCGAAACCGGAAGGUCACGAAUCAGACUCCCCAGUGGCACCAAGAAAACCGUCAUCUCCAGUGCCCGUGCCACCGUUGGAAUCGUCGCCGGUGGUGGUCGAAUUGACAAACCAAUGCUCAAGGCCGGACGCGCUUACCACAAAUUCAAGGUCAAACGUAACUGCUGGCCUAAAACUCGUGGUGUGGCUAUGAACCCCGUCGAUCAUCCUCACGGUGGUGGUAACCACCAGCACAUUGGUCACGCUUCGACCGUACGUCGGGAUUGCGUUUCUGGACAGAAAUGUGGUCUCCUUGCUGCUCGUCGUACUGGUUUAUUGCGCGGAACUGUAUCCAAGAAAGAUUAG